UUAAAAGCCCCUCUGAGCCUGAGGCGGCGCUCACAGCUGACUGUGAAGACUUCACCAACUUCUGCUUUGGGGCUGAAUCUCUGCAGGAGGAACCAUGAGGGCCGCACACGUGAUUUCCAUGACUCUGCUGUUGGCUUUUGCAGCCAAUGCUCAGGUCUUCAAGGCUGGAAAAUGCCCCACGCCUGCAGUUCAGGCCAACUUUGAUGCCUCCAAGUAUCUGGGAAGAUGGUUUGAGAUCCAGAGGCUGCCAACGAGCUUCCAGGUGGGUCAGUGCAGCACGGCCUUCUACACCCCGAAGGCUCCUGGAGUCAUCGAGGUCCUGAACUCUGAGCGGCUGGACGAUGGAACCGUCAACUCCAUCGUUGGUUCUGCGAAAGUCAAAGACCCCGCUGAGCCUGCCAAGCUGGAGGUGUCCUUCUAUGAGGACACUCCCCCCGGUCCCUACUGGGUCCUCUCCACCGACUACACCGGCCACUCCCUGGUGUACGGCUGCACCGACUACGGCCUGUUCCACAUGGAGCUGUCCUGGAUCCUGAGCAGGGAGCCCACCCUGCCGAAGGAGACGGUGGCAGAGCUGCACGGCAUCCUGUCCUCCAUCGGCGUCGCCGUGGACAAGAUGCUCACGACCGUCCAGGAGGAGGGAUACUGCGGCGCCAUGGAGCAGUGAGGCGGCGGAGGGACCACAGAGACUCGUCUGCAGUGCGCCUGAAAGAAAUAAAGUUUGACAAAGAAACAA